AUGGCUCCGCUAAUGCGUCCCCUCUCGUCUGCUGCUGCAGCAUGCGCAGCUCGCCUCUCUGCGAGACUGCCUGCAGCAGCAGCAGCAGCAGCAGCAGCAGGGCCAGCAGCAGCAGCAGGGCAGCAGCAGCAGCGGCGCCUGCUGCACACGUCACUAAACGGGGCAGCUGCCACAACAAUUUCCCCUUCGGAAAUGGCGAAGAUUCUGGAGCAGCGGAUCAGUGGCUGGACUACUCAGCAAAGCACUGCAGGGGAAGUUGGCCGCGUCUUCUCCGUGGGCGACGGCAUUGCGCGGCUGCUGGGGCUGGGGAAUGUGAGGGCGGGCGAGUUGAUAGAGUUCCAGUCGGGGGCCGUCGGUGAGGGUUUAGGGUUUAGGGUUUAG